AUGUUUCAUAGUGUCACUUGGAGUGUAGCAGUAGCAGCUUUCAGUGGUGGUGUAAGUAUUUGGUUAGCAUCUACUCGCUAUCAAUUUUUCCGUUCACUAUGGAUUCCCACAUCACAAGCAAAAUUAGAAGAAGCAGAAAAACUUGUUAUGAAAACGGUUAAAUCACCAUUUCAACAACGACAAGUUGAAAUUGGAAAUAAUUUAUAUAUAAAUACAGUACAUCUUCAUAACAAUUCACAAACGGCACGACUUCAUGAAACAAAUUUAGUUCUUUUACAUGGUUUUGGUGCUGGUAUUGGAUUUUGGUUAUUAAAUUUGGAUCAUUUGUCAUCUAAAUUUCGAAAUGUUUACGCAUUGGAUAUGUUAGGAUGUGGUAGAUCAAGUCGUCCACGAUUUCAAGCAAAGACAGUUGGUGAAAGUGAACUCUUUUUUAUUGAUUCAUUAGAAAAAUGGCGUCAACAAGAAGAAUUAGAUAAAAUUGUUUUAUUGGGACAUUCAUUUGGAGCAUAUAUUGCAGGACUAUAUGCCAUCAAAUAUCCAAAUGUUGUUGAACAUGUUAUAUUAGCAUCACCCGUAGGUUAG